ACAACCCGGACCAGCCAUUGUGCUUCUCUCUCGAUCCUCCACACCCAUUUGCCUUCGUGACAUACUUGGAGCCUUGAAUCUCGACACGACUACCGGCGACAUACUCCCUGCUGCGCCUCGUCGACUUCUCCUGGGCAUUUCCGCUUCGUUGUCUUCGUUGCGCCAGGACUCGCGGACCGCCUACUCGACAGUACGAAUACGAACAAGAGCAGAACUGGGCCCGGAUACCUACACGAGGAGGACAAUAGUACCCUCGAUAUACUCCGCCUACGACACUCCGUGAGCUGCGCGACGUUCGUCCCAGCCAUCGCCCGUAAACAUGUCGGGAGCUCUCCGCAGCAUUAAAAAUGUCACAAAAGGGUAUAGCUCAGUGCAGGUGAAAGUCCGCAAGGCGACCAGCAACGAUGCAUGGGGCCCAACCGGCGCAGAUAUGGCUGAUAUUGCCAAAAUCACAUUCAAUAGUUCUACCGACUUUUACGAAGUCAUGGACAUGCUUGACAAGCGGCUCAACGACAAGGGCAAGAACUGGCGGCACGUUUUGAAGAGCUUGAAGGUGCUGGACUAUUGUCUGCAUGAAGGUUCCGAAUUGGUCGUAACAUGGGCUCGGAAGAACAUCUACAUCAUCAAGACUCUGCGCGAGUUCAUGCACAUUGAUGAUGAUGGCAGGGAUGUUGGCGCAAGCAUCCGCGCCUCUGCCAAGGAGUUGACUUCUUUAAUCCUCGACGAGGAGCGCCUCCGCGCCGAAAGGACGAAUCGGGGAUCAUGGAAAUCUCGAGUGACUGGUCUUGAAGAGUUUGGCCUGGGUGGUGAGGAGCCUACCCAUCGACGCAGAGAAAGAGUGAACCGACCGCAGCAUGACGAUGAGGACGAUCUCGAAUACAAGCUCGCUUUGGAGGCCUCGAAGAAUGAGGCUGAAGAAGCCAAUCGCAGGAACAAAACUCAUGUAGACGACACCGAUGAUGAUCUCGCAAAGGCCAUCAAAUUGAGCAAGGAGGAAGAGGAGCUGCGAAAGCGACAAUUGGAGGAUCAGAACCAGAGCGAUCUGCUGUUCGACGACACACCGGCGCAAACGACCCAGCCUACUGGCUUCAACCAAGGCUAUCAGCAGCAGGGAGCUGUUGACUGGUUUGGCAAUCCCAUUCAGCAACCACAGCAGACCGGAUAUGUCGAGAAUGCCUACAGCCAACCACUGCAGCAACAGCAGACUGCUUUCCAGAAUGGGUAUGGCGGUGGAUUUGGAUAUCAACAACCACAACCGACGGGCUACGAGCAAAUGCAGCAACCACAGCAGCAGUUUCUCCAGCCUCAGAAUACUUAUAAUCCUUGGGCACAGCAAAUGAACGGCUUUGGCCAGCAGCAACAACCAGUCCAAGAACAGCCAACCGCACAGGCUGGAUCGAACAACCCUUGGGCAUCGACUCAACCCACGGCUGCCCCUAUUGGCAUUCAGCCUACAGGCUCGAACAACCCCUUCGCGACACAGACUCAAGCUGCUCGCCAGACCUCUUCACCCUUCCGCCAGCCCACACUCAACACUCUUGCCGAGCAACAAACCACGAACCAAUUCAACACCCGACCAAACCCGAUUCAAAACUUCACAGCUCCUCAACCAGCCAAAUCUCCAGUCCAGCAACAAGCCGCGAGACCACCUCAAGACCCGUAUCAAGCAAAGCUCAACCAGCUCCUCUCCAGCGGCGAAGGGCAAGACACCUUCGGCAACACCGGCGACAUGCGUAUUCCUGCUCAGCACACGGCUCCAGGGACAUAUGUCAAUUCGGCUGGUCUUGGCAGCAUGGGGCGAUUGGAAGCCAGCCGUACGGGUACGAAUCCAUUCUUCUCCCAGCCGCCUCCGCAGCAGCAGUUCCCUGCUCAGACUGGACCGGCUGGUGGAUUUGGAAUGGGAAGCGCGAAUCCCUUUGGUGCGCCGCAGCAGCAGAGACAGCAGCAGCAACAGCAGGGUGGGAGUUUGAUUGAUCUAUGA